AUGAAUGACCUGAGGGAGCAACGACUUGCUGUGAAAUUUUGUGUUAAACUUGGAAAAUCUGCGACUGAAACAUUUGCUAUGCUCAACACGGCUUACGGUGAUGCUGCUAUGAAGCGUACGGCAUGUUUCAAGUGGUAUGAACGUUUUAAGGGUGGUCGACAGUCGAUUGAAGACGACGAGCGUCCUGGACGUCCUUCCACGUCAACUGACGACCCACACGUCGACGAAAUCAACACCCUGGUGCGGGCAAAUCGACGUCUGACCAUCAGGGAGCUUGCUGAAGAGUGUGGAAUAUCAGUAGGAUCUUGUUACGAGAUUUUGACCGAAAAAUUGAGGAUGCACCGCGUUGCUGCAAAAUUUGUGCCACGACUGAUGACAGACGACCAAAAAGCCAAUCGCGUCCAAGUUUGUCAGGAACUGCUUGAUCGUUCAGAAGAAGUUGACGACUUUUUGCAAGGAUCAUAA